AUGGAUUUCUCCCCUUUUGAACACCAGUACUGGGAGAUCAAGCAAAAACAUUGGGACACAAUAGUCUUCUUCAAGAAGGGCAAGUUCUACGAGCUCUACGAAAAUGAUGCCACCAUUGGGCAUCAACUCUUCGACUUGAAGCUUACUGAUCGUGUAAACAUGCGCAUGGUCGGCGUACCCGAAGCUUCUUUAGACAUUUGGGCCAAUCAGUUCGUGGUUAAAGGAUAUAAAAUUGCGCGUGUGGACCAGGUCGAAUCUGCUUUGGGCAAAGAGAUGCGAGAGCGAGACAGCGGACAGUGUGGUAAGGCCACGAAGGUAGACGAGAAGAUGAAAAAGAUCAUCAACCGAGAGCUUGCAUGCGUGCUUACAAGCGGCACUCUUGUUGACCCGGGCAUGCUUCAAGACGACAUGUCCACGUACUGCGUGGCCAUAAAGGAGUCGGAGCAAGAGGGACGGCCUGCUUUCGGCAUCGCGUUCGUGGAUACCGCUACCGCUCAAUUCUUCUUGACUGGUUUCGAGGAUGAUGUCGAGAUGACGAAGUUUGAAACGCUCAUCGCGCAGAUAAGGCCUCGUGAAGUCUUGCUUGAGAAGUCCUGUUCAUCCACGAAAGCAUUGAGGAUCUUAAAAAACAGCACUGGGCCAAACACGUCAAUAGUAUCCUUGAAGGCUGGUAAAGAGUUCUGGACAGCGGACACCGCAUGCAGAGAGAUGGAUGCUGCUCGAUACUUCGUGAAUGAUGAUGGAGACAACAUCGAAGCUUGGCCAGAACCUUUGCGGCAGGCCCGAGAGGAACAUGAGUCUGUGAUGUCUGCGUUCGGUGCAUUGGUUCAAUAUCUACGGACUCUGCAGAUUGAGCGUGAUCUUGUGACCCUGGGCAACGUAUCUUGGUAUGAUCCCAUCAGAAGUGCGGGCACCCUUAUCCUGGACGGAAAGACCUUGAUCAAUCUCGAGAUUUUCGCGAAUUCGUUUGACGGCAGUUCGGAGGGCACCUUGUUCAGUCUCUUGAAUCGAUGCAUCACUCCAUUUGGAAAGCGAACGUUCAAACAAUGGGUAUGCCACCCUCUUAUGGACGCAUCAAAGAUCAACGCACGCCUCGAUGCUGUUGAGUCUCUCAAUGCAGAUACUACCCUUCGGGAUCAAUUUACUUCCCAGCUCUCGAAACUGCCUGAUCUUGAACGAACAAUAUCUCGCAUUCACGCCGGUGUAUGCAAGGCUCAAGAAUUUGUGCGAGUCCUUGAUGGCUUCGAGCAGAUCGAUUAUACAAUGGGCGUCUUGCGUAAUAUGGGCUCGGGCGACGGGAUCAUCGGUCAAUUGGUUACGAGCAUGCCAAACAUGAGAGAACUCCUCAAGUAUUGGAAUAAUGCCUUUGACCAGGAUAAAGCAAAAGAAGCAGGCCUACUUAUUCCCGAGCGCGGCGUCGAAGAGGACUUCGACGCGAGCCAAGAGGACCAAGGCGCCCGAUAG